CCAUUGCCGACAAAUUCAUCAGUAAAUCCAACGUAUUCAAACAAUAAACAUAAUACAAAAUGUUCUCCUUAAAGUGUAUUAUCUUAGUGGCCUCCUGCCUAGUUCUAACUGCUACUGCUUCACCUAUAGAAUUUGCCGAUUUCUAUGAACUUCAACCACAAGAUAUUGUGAACUAUGAAUAUGAACCGGUAUUAUCUCGACAAGUAAGAUCUCCUCAGCAUGGUAGUAUCGAGUUGGGCGCUAGAAAGGAUCAAUAUGGACGUGAAGCUUCAGUUAACUACAAUCAUAAUUUAUAUAGCAGCAGUGAUGGUCGUGGUACAAUUGAUGCUUAUGCUCAAGCUUCCCGCAAUUUUGACUACAAUCGUAAUGAUUACGGUGGUGGCAUUCGUGGAUCCUGGAGAUUUUAAAUAGGUUUUAACAUUAUGUGCUUGUGUAUUUAAGAAAAGAAAUAAAUGACUGAUUAACUUAUUUGAAACAA